UCUAAAGGUGGUGACGUGUACGAGGUCAUAUAAGACGUUGGCUCGGCGCAGUCGUCGGCUGUGGGGGGCCGGAAGUGGUUAGGGGGGGGAGUCGCAGCUGGAGUGAAGCCUCCUCAGCUGGGAGGUCUGGGGCCCGUCUCGCCGCCGGACCCAGCCCCAGGCAGACAUGGAUUUCCGGGAGAUCCUGAUGGUGGCGUCUGAGCAGCAGGGGCUGAGCGCGGUGUCGAAAAGAUACAGUUUGGCAGUAGGCCCUCCCAAAAAAGAUCCAAAAGUCAAAGGUGUCCAUUCUGCAGCAGUGCAAGCUUUUCUGAGACGGAAAGAAGAAGAAAUUAGGGAAAAAGAACUAGAGGCAAAAAGGAAGAAGGAGGAACUUCUAGCUAAGCGUAUUGAACUGAAACAUGAUCGAAAAGCAAGAGCUAUGGCUUCACGGACAAAGGACAACUUUUAUGGCUAUAAUGGCAUUCCCAUUGAAGAGAAGCCUAAAAAGAGGCAGACUUGUGAAAAUGUCAAUCGAUGCACAGAUGCAGAAUAUAUGACAGAAGAUGAGGAAGAGCAAUUUGAAUACAGUCAGACUGAAUCUGAGCAUGAACCAGAGGAGUAUGAAGAGAAACCAUCCAAAGCUGCAGUGAAACCAAAGGCACUUCCCAAAAGUGCUCCUACCCCUAUGAACUUUGUAGAUCUUCUGAGGCUGGCUGAAAAAAAACAGUAUGAACCAGUAGAAAUAAAAGUAGUGAAAAAGACAGAAGAAAGGCCAAGAACAGCAGAAGAAUUGAGAGAAAAAGAAUUUUUGGACCGGAAAAACAAAAAAGGGGAAAUCCAGAAAGAGAAAAAAAAACCUGAAAAAGAGAUUAAGAAUGUAACUGCAUCAAGUUCUUCAAAUAAAGUGUUUUCUCAUAAAGAGUUUAUAAAUGCAAAACUUAGCAAAAACUCAGUGGAUAAACGUUCCUCUUCAAAAGGCAGUUUCCCUUCUCAGUGUGGUCCUGAUAAGAAAUCCACUGGACCUGUGUUUAGCGACAAACAUGCAAGGUCAUCAUCUUCCUCCAAAUCCAGUCAAGUGGAAAAAGCAAAAGUUACACAAAAUGAAUCUUUAAAAAGCUCAUCGAGAGGCAUCCAUAGUAAAUCUUCAGUCAAUGGAAUAGGAAAAUUUGGGUCAGGUGCACAUACACCAAGUUCAAAAGCACCCACUAAUGGGGCUCAGAAACUACAAUCUGCUAAAGAACCUAGUCUGAAAAAAUCUGCUUCUGUCCAUACAAAACUGGGUAGUGCAACACCCCCUCAGCAUGAAAUUGUUAAAAAUUCCAGCUCUGGGCGGCCGGGGAGCAGUGUGGGAAUGGGCAGGCCCGGGCGGCCGGGGAUCAGUGCAGGAACCGGUAGGCCGGCCAGCAGUGCGGGGACGGGCAGACCGGGGAGCAGUGCGGGGAUGGGUGGACCCGGGCGGCCGGGGAGCAGUGCGGGGAUGGGCAGGCCGGGGAGCAGUGUGGGAAUGGGUGAGCCUGGACGGCCGAGGAGCAGUGUGAGGACAGGACCUGGAAAGUCAGGCAGUUCAAGCGUGGGACCUGGGCGACCAGGCAGCAGCUCAGUUGCACCUCCAAAACCUAAAUGCACUGUUGUAUCAGAAACAAUCUCAUCUAAAAAUCUAGUCUCCAGACCAAUUAAUAUACCAAUGAAUGGAACGAGACCUUCUCCAGGGCAUAGACCAGUGUUUCAUCCACAAGGUCUUCCAAGGCCUUCUCUUCCACCUAUAAGUUAUAAAAGGCAAAUAGAAGAUGAUGAAGAGUAUGAUUCUGAAAUGGACGAUUUCAUUGAUGAUGAAGGGCAACCCCAGGAAGAAAUAUCAAAACAUAUUCGAGAAAUAUUUGGCUAUGAUCGGAAUAAAUAUAAAGAUGAAAGUGAUUAUGCCUUACGUUACAUGGAGAGCAGCUGGAAAGAGCAACAGAAAGAGGAAGCCAGGAGUUUGAGACUUGGUGUCCAAGAGGAUCUGGAAGAGCUGAGACGUGAAGAGGAGGAAUUGAAACGUAAGAAGCAGGCAAAGAAGCUGAGGACACGUUAACUGAUUUACAGUGGUUUUGUUCUGUUUUUCUACUAUCCUGGUCACUCCUUUGCCUCAAUAUUUCAGCUCCUCUUAUAGUAUAACUUUAGUUUUUAUUUGCUUAUUGGUGAGCAAGAUAAUAUGUAAAGGGAGGAGAGGGCAUAGAAAAACAAGGCUUUAGUUUGACCCUAAAAUAUUUAUUUUUAAUACUUGCCAGGGUUAAUUUUUUACAAAAAGAAACUAAUGCAGAUUUUUGGAAUAAAAGCUAUUAAUGAAUGUUUCCAUUGACUAAAUUAGUUCAAAAUGCCAGCAGAAAUAUUGACUAACUAUGCACUGGCUUGCAAGAUUUAUGUGGGCCCAUACACCAGUAAAUCAGACUUGCAUUCUUCAUUUGACGUGGGGAAAAAAAAGAUGAAUGCCAUUUAUGUUACUUUUGAGAGAUAAAAGUACUGCUUUGUGUCUUAAAUCUCCUGGAUUAGGAUCCCUCAAAAUAUUGAAAUAUCAUCUUUUGUUCAAAACAGCUUGGUUAUAAAUUUCAGCCAUUGCCAGUAAUGUUUAAAGCAAUAAAAUGAUAUGUUUUCCUGAUUUGAGAACCUUGUGUCUUAACAAAAAUAGUAAUUAAACAGAAGAACCUUUGAUUUCUAAAAAAUGCUUGUCAUUCAUUAUACCUUGCAUUUAGCAGUGUGACCAAGUUUGCAUUGGCAUUUUUUAUGUCUGGAAUGUCAAUGCCAAUCGAUUUCAGUAGAACACAAAUAAACAUUUUUCCUGGAAAACAGGAAUUUGCAGUGUUUGUAUAUAACUAGUGCUUUUUAGCUCAAGCAAAUGCUUAGGAAUUUUUUUCUGCCCUGCAAAUCUUAAAAUUGAUUUUACAGUUUCAUCUGUUUUUACACAUUGAGUGUACAGUACACUUAUGUUUUCUCUUGCAUUAAAAAUCAGGUUCUUUUAAAAUAUGAAGCAGUUAUUUAUGCAAGCAGUUGCAAAGUCUGGAAGAGUACAUUAGAAUGAAGUUGUGUGAAAUACAGAAUUUUCAGAUUUUUUUUAUGAUCAAGCCAAGAUGCAUUUGCAGUUCCUCUGAGAUAUCAAAUAAAUUUGCAGUUGUCAUGCUGAAUUCAACUAGUGAAUACUUCUGAUUUAAUUUUAGCGAACCAAAAAUUUAAAUGUAAUGUGUAUCAAGAGUUCCGCCCUCUCUUUUGAUGCCCAUAUUGCACCUUUAUUUCAAGCUAUGCACUACAAAGAUAAGUUUCCUCUCAGUAAAUAAGCAUGUAAACAAUAGGCACACAGUUCAUCUAAAUCUGCAGAGAUUGCACUCUGGGUUCACAGCCCUAAUCUAAGGAUGCAUUACUUUUUAGCCAGCAUGCUACAUAGUGUGUGGUCUCAUCUAUCACUACUCUACUCUGCUUCAAGUAUUAGCUCUCCAUUAGUAGUACUUCUACCAUUAGAUACUUGAACUGUUGCUAACUUCUAAUGCUAGAAGCAGUUGGCAAAGUGUUACAAGGUUAUUGGGGGUAAGUGGAAGAGACUGGCCAAGGAAUAAGGAGGAGGUGGGGGAAGAGAAAUUGCAUGCAAAAUGAAUAGAUACACAAGGAAGGAGGGAACUUAGCCUAUCAGAAGGCAUUUCUUGUCAUUGCUGCCUCCAGAAACACCAAUUCUGGCAUCAAAGUGGAAGGACCAAUAUUGGCAGCAGGUGACCUGACUGACUCACUGUAAGGAAAAAAGGGGCAUUGUCCCUAUCAUAAACUGUUUAUGGCAGUGGUGAAGCAUUCCAUCUUUUCAACACAUUUCUAAAACGAAUGAACCCUUUGGAUAGUGGUUACAGGUUUGUGUAGCAGUAAUUGACAGAGAUACCCAAACGAAGGUAAUUACCAGUGCACCUCUGUAUUUUUUUAAAAACUGUUACAUUGCAGAACAUAGAAACUGAUCCAUCUCUGUUGUACUUGCUAUAUAUAUAUAUAUAUAUAUACACACAUACACACACACACGCACACACAUGAGAUGAUGAAAGACACUGUAACCUGAUUGGUUGAUUAUUUACGUGCCAUUGUAUGUUUGCUCUGCUUAACGGGACCAGCUGAAUUGUUCGCUGUCGUUUCUAGAAUUAUCCACUCAAGACAGUGAAUGUUGGGACCAUGACCAAGUGGCUGUUCAUUUUUUUAAACUGAAUUGAACCUCUAGAUCUUUGUCAGCCCAGAUAACUAUAUUGGCCACGAACAAUCAUCUGAAUUGUUGAAAACUUUGGAAAUGAAAAACGUAUUCACUGUUUGAUCCACUGACAUUUUUUAAAGUGUGUAUUAAAAAAUGACACUUCUUAAAUAUUCAGUUUAGAGCUAAAUCUUCCUUUCAGAUAAAAAUAGGUGAAAUAAAGCCCUGAUUAUCCUUUUUUACUUCUGUAAUUGGCAGAGAUGCUGUAAUUACACUAUUACAAGAUUAUUUCAACUCUUUUAUCUUGAAAGCACCGUGUUGUCAUUUGUCUUGUACAAAAUGACUGGAAUAUCAUCUCGAUUGCCAGCCUUCCUCAAACACAGUACACCUUGUGCUGUAUUUGUUCCCUCAUAAAAUAAUUGUUAAAAAUUUUUUGAUAUUUCAUAUAGAAAUUUAAUUCACUCUUUGCAGUCAAGACAUACUUUCUCAUAGCUAGUAUGGGUUAUUAAUUUUUUUUAAACUUUGUACAAGUUACUAGAUUUUAAUUAACCUGUCUUUGUACAUUUACUGCAUUCUUACUGCUUGUAAAUCAGCUAGGAAAGUACUAAAAAAUUAUUUUAUAUCCAAAAAUCUAUUUACUCUCUACCAGAUAAUUAAUUUUAUUUUGUUCAUGUAGUCAAUAUCUGAUGAGAUUUCAAAAGACUUUGAAGUAAAAAACAAAGAAAACCCCAUUGCCUAUUCCUGCUUAUAAGGAUUACAUGUUAAGCUAGUGACGUUCAUCAUAAUUAAAUAUUUAUUUUAGUUUUUAGAUUUAAAUUCAGUGUUUGAAGAUGUGCCUUUUUUUUUUUUUUUUUUUUUUUUUUUUUUUUACUAAAUUGAGUCUAAAAAAAUCUAUUCAUGAAUGUAGGAGUAUACAAAAGUAAAGAUUAGUCUGUUUCUGCUCUCACAGAUGACAGAUCUUUAAACUGGAUAGUCUGAAAUGAUUAGUUUUUCAUAAAAUCUUUCCAGGUCAGGCUUCGACUGCACAAUUACAGUAACUAUUUCUUUACCUGUAUUACUAAAAGAAAUUAAGGGCACUUUGUAUUAGACUUUUUGAAAAUGUUUUGUAUUUACAAUUCAGCUGUGCUUAUACAUCACAGCACUGUCCUCAGGCGAUCAGGGUAGUGCAUCACAGGAAGCCUUAGUGUGCAGUGCUGUGCUUUAAAGUAGAAAUUUUUCAAAGUAGAUAGAAAUCUGUUCACUUGAGUCUGGAAUUAUUUUUGUGUAAACCCCAAAAUUGUGCAGGAAAACUUUUUUUUUUCAGUUUGAAACAUAAUUAGUAUCUGAAACAUAUUUCCCAAUGCAGCAGGAGGCCAAAACAGAGAGAGAAAAUAUAUGGAGAGAUACUGGUGAUUAAAUUGUGAUGAAUAUACUUGACUUUUAUUUAUUCUGGUACGUGUGAUGCGAUAUUGAAUUGUCAGCGUGUAAUUGAAUGCUUUCUGGUUUAGCCUAUCAUUUUCUUUGGGGGGUUCAUUUGUGCACAGUGUCUUUUUACAAAAUGUGACAAAUCAGGUAAAAACGUACAUAGCUUAACUGUUUUCUGGGUGCUGUCGAGAAAGUGUAUACUUUUACAUAUGCUGAGUGCAGAUAAAAGUUUUGCAUAUUAUGUAUAUAAUAAAUUACAGGUAUUAAACAUUUUAUUUA